AUGAAAAGACUGGGCCAAAACGCUACAACUCUUUUGCAGAUAUCUGACGAGAAAAGUGACUGGUACGGUGGUACAAAUAUAUGCAAGGCUUUGAACCCAGAUGCUCACAUGGGCUCUUUUCACAGUCAAGCUGAAUCUCUCUUCUUUGCAAACAAGUAUACCUCAAUCCAUGCCUGGACUGGACUCUCUCAAACUGAAGUGCCAAACACGUGGACAUAUACAGAUGGAACACCUGACUGGCAUUGGUUUCCAGCCCUUACAGCCACCCCAUCUUCUGCUGAUUCCAGUUGUGUUGAAAUGAUGGAUGGUCUCUUGGGACUUUUGUUUGCACUUUCACUUCAAAAAGGGCAGACAAAUCCAUACAGUUGUACUGAAGUGAAUCAAAUAAUCUGCAAGUAUUGCCCAAAAGAAACAACGUCUUCAACAACUACUACAACUACUACAACUACAAUUCCAACCACAACUCCUAAAACUACCACAACCACAAAAUCCACGACCAAAACAACUGCAACAACUCCAUCCGUUCCUGUAUCAUGUUCUUCAACCUGUCCUGGACAAUCAAUUGGUAUCAAUGGUAAAUGUUAUAAGAUGUGUCGUGGUUCUGUAAAGUUUGAAGACAGCUGCACUUUGUGUGGCGGAACAACUCCAACAAUAUACAGCAAAGAAGAAAAUGAUUUCAUUUCGAGAGUAUUCGGUGCAAAUGAUGCUACGCCUUCACGGACCUGGAUUGCCAACACAGCAACGAACGGAUAUCAAAACUGGGCAGAUGGACAACCUUUGAGACCAUAUGAAUGGACCACCUUUAGAAAAGCGACGAACAGUGAAAUGCAAAAGUCAAAUAGCGCCGAGGACGCACCAGCCACCAGCGCCGGAGUUGCGGAAAACAGAUGGCUGAAAUCAGACGCAAUGAGCGAGUGGUACGGUGGAACCGAAAUUUGUAGAGCACUCCAUCCAGAAGCUCAAAUGGCAUCGUUCCACAGUCAAGCCGAAUCGGAAUUCGUAUGUAAGAAAUACUCUGCGAUUCAUGCUUGGACUGGACUAUCACAAACUGGUACUCCCGGUGUUUGGACAUACACUGAUGGCACUCCCGAUUGGCAUUGGUUCUUUGCUCAAUCCAGCACAAUGACUCCAGAAUCGAGUUGUGUUGAAAUGAUGGAUGGAAUUCUAGUGUUAUUAUUCUCUUGGUCUGCCAAAAAAGGACAAACACAGCCAUACACUUGCACCGAAAGUAUUGCGAGUAUCUGCAAGUAUUGUCCAACGACAACAACUACGACUUCAACGACGACUUCAACGACAACAACGACUCCUACGACGACCACGAAGAUAACAACCACGCCAACUACAACUACAACAACGGCAACUACCACGACUCCAACAACUACAACAGAGACUACAACGACUCCUACGACGACCACAGUAACGACAACGACGCCUACCACAACUACAACGACUCAAACAACUACUACAGAAACUACAACAACUCCAACGACUACUACAGAGACUACUACGACUCCAACGACUCCAACAACUACAACUAUUACUUCGUCCACGUCUAUAAAAAUCACCACAUCAAAGUCAGCGAUUUCUUGCACUACUUCAAACUGUCCAGCACAAUCUGUCAGCUUCAACAAUAAAUGUUACAAGAUGUGCCGAGGUUCCGUCCAAUUUGCAGAAAGUUGUACUUUGUGUGGAGGAACCACUGUAACAGUUACCAACAAGGAAGAAAGUGACUUUAUUUCUAGGGUCUUCGGAGAAAAUGAUGCGACAAUUUCUCAGAGUUGGAUAGGAAAUACAGAGACUAGUGGAUAUUUGAACUGGGCAGAUGUGCAACCUUUGAAACCAAAUGACGGAUUAAGCUACUGUAUUUCAAUCGAUCUGUCCGCAGGACCUUCAAGAGGAAAGUACAAUUAUCUACAAUGCGCAAGCAAUGUUGUUAGCUCGAUCUGUGUGGUGUAA